AUGUUGACGAAUCGUCUGUGCUUCGCUGCUAUCGGAGUUAUUCCGUUAAUUUUAGUCACAUUUUUCCUUGUCUUCGAUGUGUGCGGUGAACACUGUCACAAUGACGUCUUUUUGCAGGCUAAACUUGGUAAACUCUCUUAUGCUAGAUGGGUGAAUACGUCAAUUACUUUAAUCUGCUCUGGAAAAGAAUUUACAAGCGUUAUGUGGUAUUCUGUGCGGAAGGUUUACAAAAUGGCUAUUGGAUGUCUUAAAAACGAACAUAGGCAGUUACAUUUAGAUUGGUUUCCUAAUGUUCCUGAAAUAAUUGCAACUUACGUAUCAUAUGAAAACAAAUUCGUCAAGAGUGUAUAUUUUCGUUAUCAAACGGAAUUCUAA